CAGUGUCAAGCUUCCACCCUCGACUACAACAACAACACUCAACCGAUCCGGUUUAAAUUCACUCCAACAAUACCAGAAGGAAAAGAAGAGGGAAAGAAAGAAAAUACAUAUACCACCCACAAAGUUGCAAAACAGAACCCGAAAAAUCAAAUGCACUACAUGUCCCCAGAACACGUCCCCCAGUUCACCAAUCCUUGGGUCUCGCAGGAUCAUCUGAACGACGCAGCCAACCUCCACGCUCUCUCGAAAACGCCAACAAUCAGAACAACCGGAGUGUCGAGUCCAUUCUUGACCUCACGGACAGACAUGCGGCAUCUCACAUCGCAGCCGACAAGUCACUAUUCGAAUCCAACGGGGUUGAUGCCGGGUGUUAGCAGUGUAGGACUCCCAGCCUUUACGAGUGCGGAAAUGGCCAUGAGCAUGGCUGGAUCGACGGCACCCUCACCGACCACUUCUGCGGGGACCUUCAUGCCUUCCUUCUCGGCGUCGUUUGACCUUUCCUCCCGAAGCCAGGCCUCUGAUCGCCGUCUGUCCCAGCCUGCCAUGCAUUCGAGUUCACUCUUCCUGAGUGCUGACUCCAUGCCAAAGCCACGGCAAGCUUCUCUCACAGAUAUUUCGUACCGACCCAGGCACACCGGAGACCUCGAUUUCACCAGUAAUUCCAUGGACACCCGGGGGAUUCUCAUGAGCCAGCCAUCCAGGCCUCGUCACGACUCGAUCUACCAGUCCUCUCACUCGGCCAAUUCGUCGGUCUCGUCGACGCACUCGUUCCCGUAUUACGGCGGCUCGGUCGAUUCUUCGGCCACCGACUAUUCCGACGGCUCCGGUUACCCCCAGGAACGAGCCGGCACCAUGCGAUCGUCGCGUCCCAACAGCUAUCUCAACACCGGCGCGACCGUGCCGAAUCAGAUGAUGACCACGUUCAGUUCCAAGAUCACGUCGAGCACGCAGAAGAAGCACAAAUGCAAAGUUUGCGAUAAGCGUUUCACGAGGCCGAGUUCGUUACAGACCCACACCUACAGUCACACGGGCGAGAAACCGUUUGCAUGUGAACAAGAUGGAUGUGGCCGGCGAUUCUCCGUGGUAUCGAACCUGCGAAGACACAAGAAGGUCCACCAAGGAAAACGGAAUGGAGACUAGAAGAUUUUCGCUAAAACAAAUCCGCCCGUCCAUGCUCGAGUUUACCACGACCCUCCGUCCGCCAUGACGAUUCUUUUUUUUCUCCCCCUCCCACUCCUAUCUCACUCGAACUGUGGUGGUGUACAAUUUCUCUCUAGAACCGGAGGUUCCUGACGCCUUACGACGCAAGAGACUUACGGAAUUCCAAUUUCAUGACCGCUUUUUAUAGACUGGGUAAAUAGGGUGAUAUCGGGCUUGCUUUCGGGGACCGGUCUGUAC